GUCGCGCACGUACUGACGGCCUCGCGCACGCGCCGCCUGGUCUCCUCCCUGGGCUCGUCUUCAUGCAGUGUGUAAGAUGGCGGACUUCCUGCCGUCCCGCUCCGUGCUGUCCGUCUGUUUCCCCAACUGUGUCCUGAACAGCCGGGAGGCCGAGCAGCAGCGCAAGUCCAAGGAGAUCGACCGCGUUAUCUCCCGCGAGAAGCCCUAUGUCAAGCGGCUCGUCAAGAUCCUGCUGCUCGGGGCCGGCGAGAGCGGCAAGUCCACCUUCCUCAAACAGAUGCGCAUCAUCCACGGCCAGGACUUCGACCUGAGGGCCAAGGAGGAGUUUCGGGCCACCAUCUACAGCAACGUCAUCAAAGGUAUCAGAGUUCUUGUGGACGCCCGCGAGAAGCUGCACAUCCCGUGGGGAAAUCCUUCCAACCAGAAGCACGGCGAGGUCAUGAUGGCUUUCGACACGCGCUCGGCUAUGGUGGUGCAGGGCAUGGUGGAGACGCACGUGUUUCUCAUGCACCUGUCCUCCAUCAAGGCGUUGUGGGCUGAUGGCGGCAUCCAGGCAGCGUACGACCGGCGCAGGGAGUUCCAGUUGGGUGAAUCGGUGAAAUAUUUCCUGGACAAUUUGGAUAAACUCGGGGAACCGAAUUAUCUCCCGAGUCAGCAAGAUAUCCUGCUAGCCCGGCGACCCACCAAAGGAAUUCAUGAGUACGACUUCGAGAUUAAGAACGUGCCUUUCAAAAUGGUGGACGUGGGCGGUCAGCGGUCCGAGCGCAAGCGUUGGUUCGAGUGCUUCGACAGCGUGACGUCCAUCCUCUUCCUGGUGUCGUCCAGCGAGUACGAUCAGGUGCUGAUGGAAGACCGGCAGACCAACCGCCUCACCGAGUCCCUGAACAUUUUCGAAACCAUCGUCAACAACCGCGUGUUCAGCAACGUCUCCAUCAUCCUCUUCCUAAACAAGACUGACCUGCUGGAGGAGAAGGUGAGAAUAGUGAGCAUCAGAGACUACUUCCCCGAGUUCGAGGGGGAUCCUCACUGCCUCUCCGACGUCCAGAAGUUCCUGGUGGAUUGUUUCCGCAACAAGCGCCGGGACCAGCAGCAGAAGCCGCUCUACCACCACUUCACCACGGCCAUAAACACGGAGAACAUCCGCCUCGUCUUCCGGGAUGUCAAAGAUACCAUCCUGCACGACAACCUCAAGCAGCUCAUGCUGCAGUGACGGACUCCUCUCAUCCUUCUGGGGCGGUUUUUUUUUUUCCUGUUUUGGAGUUUUUAAAUCAUUUUUAUAGUUUUUUUUUUUUUGCAAGUUUUCCAACAGGAGUAAGAAGUUGGUUUUAUGUCUUGGUUUUUUUUUUUCUUCCUUGGUCUCGGCUUCUGUUGAGCUUCAGGCUUUAUUUCUCCGCGUUGCCGAGC